AUAUAUUGUUGGAGACCUUUAAAAUGGCUACCCUGGAAGAAUCAACAACACUCGAGUUCAUCCGGCGGCACCUGCUCAGCGACUUUGCCUCCGCCGAUGCUUUUAUAAACAGCCUGGAGUUCGGUCUAUCUCAGGUACACGAAGCUGUUGAGUUAGAGUCUCCGAGUUCCAUGAUUUCGGACUCAACGAGGAACGAGCAGAAGGUGUCGCUUUCCGAAGAGAGGAAGCGUUAUCGAGGCGUACGGAGACGACCGUGGGGAAAGUUUGCGGCGGAGAUCCGAGACCCCAACCGGAAGGGAAGUCGGGUCUGGUUAGGUACUUUCGGUAACGACGUCGAUGCUGCCAAGGCUUAUGAUUGUGCGGCGUUUAAAAUGAGGGGUCACAAAGCUAUAUUGAAUUUUCCGCUCGAAGCCGGGGAGGGUGGCCAGCCGCCGGCUGCUACGGGUAGAAAAAGGAGAAGAGGGAUGGGAAAUCAAUUCCUGGAAAUUGACGUCACGUCGCCGGAUAGUAUGGCUUGGGAUGUGAAGGAAGAAGAGGGUGAACUAGAUGUUGAUGAUGAUCAGAAUGGACUGACGUUAUUAACUAGAAAACGUGUUAUGCUGACAGGUUAAUGUUGAGCUAUAUCAUUAAUGCCUAGUUCGAUUCAAAUAUAAAUGCACUAUAAUUACUAUA